CUUUUUUCCAAUCCACAAUAUGUUGGUUUUUUUUUUCUUUCAACUUCAUCCUUAAAUUGAAAAAAAAAAUCUUUCCCACUCUCACUCAUUUUCUAUAGAAAAUAAGCUAAAAAACUCUCUCUUCCACACAACAACAUCGCUCAAACCCCAACCCAAAACUUCCCCCACGAAUAACACCAGCAGCAUAGGGCUUCGUUCCCCUCCAAACCCUCUCUCUCUCUUUCUCUUUCUCUGGCCAUUAUCGGAUCUGAUUCACAAACCGAAACCCACAUAGUUCCAGGUCCUUCCUUGUCCGAUCUCUGCAAAUUCCAACGACUGGUUCCCCCCCCCCCCCCCCCCCCCCUCCCUCUCUCUCUCUCUCUCUCUCUCUAGUACAGUCCACUAUUCCAAAAGCAGAUCGAAGUGAGAGAAAAUAGAAAAGGUGAAGGAAGCAGUGGGUGGGUCUGAUCGAUCCGAUCGAUGAGUCUUAGAGUUGGGGCAUUUUCAUUCUGAAACGAAUGGGAAUGCCCAAUAAACAAUGAGCAAAACAGGGGACGAAGAAGACGAAGACGAGUGCUUCUACGAGUCCCUUGAUCGCAUUGUCUCCUCGUCUUGCUCUUGCUCCACUUCCAACUCUGACUCCGAAGAUAACCCCAACCUCAGUUCCGACGCCAGUUCCCCCAAUUAUGCUUCUCGCAACCACUUCCCAAUCCCUAAAUUCCCAAUGGGCAUCUCCCACUACGAUAUUUGGAUUUCCGAGCCUUCUUCUGUCUCCGAACGACGUCGUCGGCUCCUCCGCGAAAUGGGUCUCAGUGCCGACCCGGCACUGUCCCGGGACAAACCCGAGGAGUUCGGCCGAUCGGUAUCGUCGGAUCGGUUGACACGUCAGGAGCAAAGCGGUGGAGCCGUUACCGGAAUGGUCCGAUCGAAAUCUGACGGCGGCGAUCAGUGUAAUGGUUCUUCUUCUACUACUGCUAAUUCUACUUCUUUUGUUGGUUCUUCUUCAAUUCUUUCAAUUCAUUCGGUCUCGUCGGAGACUGGUUCAUUUGUAAAUAGUCAAAGCAACAACAGUAACCACUGUGUUUAUAAAUCGCGAAGUGGCAGAAGCAAUGGAUCUCCUGUUGCUGAUACCACAUCGUUGAAUAAACCACCCUCGGGAAAGAAUUUCAAGAGGGUGGAUGAGAUUCGAAGCAAUCUCACACUAUCGAAUUCGGCGUCGAAUCGGAAUUUGGGGAACUCGGAAGUUGAGGAGGUUUUGGACAGUAAUGGGUCUGAAAUCAAGGACGAUGAAUCAGAACUAUUCCUAGCCUGUACUAUUAGGGAUCUUGAUAAUGGGAAAGAGUUUGUAGUGAACGAGGAAGAUGGUACUUUGAACAAACUUAAGGAAGUUGGGACGGGAAGGCAGUUUACUUUGGAGGAAUUUCAGAUGAUUUGUGUUGGCCAUUCGCCAAUUGUUCAAGAAUUGAUGCGGCGGCAAAAUGUGGAAGAGGGUCAUAAAGAUGGUUCAGAUUCGAACAUUAAUGGGGUCAGUGGGGGCGGUUCCAAGAUGAAAAAGAAAGGGAGUUGGUUCAAGAGUAUCAAGAAUGUUGCAAGCACCAUGAGAGGUCAGAAAGAGAGGAGGAGCAGUGAUGAGAGGGACACAUCGUCUGAGAAGGGUGGCCGUAGGUCGAGUUCCGCCACUGAUGAUAGCCAGGAUGCGUCGUUUCAUGGUCCUGAAAGAGUGAGGGUUCGGCAGUAUGGGAAGUCUUCCAAGGAAGUCACCGCUCUUUACAAGAGCCAGGAGAUUCAUGCGCAUAAUGGGUCUAUAUGGAGCAUCAAAUUUAGUUUGGAUGGGAAGUACCUUGCAAGUGCUGGUGAGGACUGUGUAAUUCAUGUCUGGCAGGUUGUAGAAUCAGAGAGGAAGGGGGAAUUGUUGAUGGAGAAAACAGACGAAAAUAACUUAAAUAUGUUCUUUGUAGCCAACGGAUCACCAGAACCAACUUCAAUGUCACCAAAUGUGGACUACAAUCCAGAGAAGAAGAGAAGAGGAAGGGCAUCUAUUAGUAGAAAAUCGUUAAGCUUGGAUCAUAUUUUUGUGCCAGAGACUGUAUUUGCGCUAUCAGAGAAACCAGUAUGUUCAUUCCAAGGACAUCUUAAUGAUGUUCUUGACUUAUCCUGGUCCAAGUCUCAGCACCUGCUCUCAUCUUCAAUGGAUAAAACAGUGCGGCUGUGGCAUUUGUCUAGCAAGUCUUGUUUGAAGAUUUUUUCACACAGUGAUUAUGUGACUUGCAUCCAGUUUAAUCCUGUUGAUGAUGGAUACUUCAUUAGCGGAUCACUUGAUGCUAAGGUCCGCAUAUGGAGCAUUGAGGAUCAUCGAGUGGUUGACUGGAAUGAUUUGCAUGAGAUGGUUACGGCCGCUUGCUACACCCCAGAUGGUCAGGGUGCACUCGUUGGUUCAUAUAAAGGGAGCUGUCGUUUGUACAACACAUCUGAGAAUAAGUUGCAACACAAAAGCCAUAUAAAUCUGCAGAACAAGAAAAAGAAGUCUCAUCACAAGAAAAUCACCGGUUUCCAGUUGCUGAUCAGUUUCAGUGAACAGUUUGCACCAGGGAGUUCAUCAGAAGUACUCAUCACAUCAUCAGAUUCGCGGAUCAGGGUAGUUGAUAAUGUUGAUCUGGUUCACAAGUUCAAAGGGUUUCGUAACACCAACACCCAGAUUUCAGCCUCCGUCACAGCAAAUGGUAGAUAUGUGGUGGCUGCCAGUGAGGAUUCUCAUGUAUAUAUAUGGAAACAUGAAGCAGAUUCUCGACCUAGCAGAAGCAAAGGCGUGACUGUCACUCGAUCUUAUGAGCAUUUCCACUGUCAAGAUGUAUCGGUCGCCAUCCCUUGGCCUGGGAUGGGUGAAACAUGGGGGUUUCAAGAUGAACCGGAAACAGCCAACCAUCCCCAAGAUGAACCGGAAACAGCCAAUCAUCCCCCGACACCUGUUGAGGAUGCUCUUGCCAAUGAGGGUUUGCAAUCAGCAUCCGGUAGCAGCAACAGCCCUCUUCAUGGAACCAUUUCCAGUGCAUCCAACAGUUACUUCUUCGAUAGAAUUGCAGCGACAUGGCCAGAGGAGAAACUCCAUUUAGCAACUAGGAACCGGAGCCCUCGUGUUAGCAUUGAUUAUACCAACGGGGUAACCCAUAACAUGUCUGCCUGGGGUAUGGUGAUUGUAACAGCCGGUCUUCGUGGGGAAAUUAGAACUUUCCAAAAUUUUGGGUUGCCAAUUCGAAUUUAAGGGUCUAAAGAUUAGGAUCCUUUCGAGGGGAAAUGAAGAUAAAAAGUAUAGAUAAAUGAGUUUGAUUUCCCCUUGACGGUUGGCAAAAAUUGUGUACAGAGAGAAAUAUUGGGUGAGAAUUGUACUAUUAGCUGAGUUGCAUUUCUUUCCUUGUGCUUGUUGCCAGUCGGAUAUGGAGCUCAGAUGGGAGAGCCUUGUCCGAUUUGGUGUCAAGAAAGAAUAUAGAUUUGUUAAAAGGAAAAAAAAAGAAAAAAAAAACUACACCAUGAAAUUAGGGAAAAAAAAACCGAUGGAUUUGUGUAAUCGGAAAUUGUAGAGUUAAUGAGCAUAUGGCAGAAGCCUAUUGAAUUAAAA